AUGGAGCACGAUCCCGAGGAGCAAGAGCACUACAAGUCGGUAUUACUAUCAUUUCGUGAAUAUGAGUCCUUUAUGAUGCGUGAAAUCUAUCGGCGUAAGAAACAUCUACAGUCAAUGCCCAUUGAUAUGCAACGACGUCUACCGCAGUCUUCUACAAUUCGCAACCUCCAUCAUUUUGUCAAUGCAGCGCAUCACAAUCAGGUCUUCUUUGAACGUGUGGUACAGGCGCAACUGGAGAAUGGACCGGCCUAUGAGCUUCCAUUGGUAACGCCUCAGACAUCACUACAAAGUCCUCCGCGCCAUUUUUAUAAGCUAAAAAGCACACUACACCAAUUUGUGCGUGACUGGUCUGAUGAGGGAAAGAAGGAACGUGAUAUGUGCUACACUCCCAUCAUCAAAGAACUGCGUCGUGUCUUGCCUCUUGAUCCAGACAACCCAACGGAUCGAGCUCGAGUUCUUCUUCCCGGUGCAGGAUUGGGUCGGCUUGCACUAGAAAUCGCCUCGAAGGGCUAUUCGGCCCAGGGCAAUGAGUUCUCGUAUCAGAUGUUAUUUGCAAGCAACUUCAUCCUCAACUGGGUAACGCAACCGCUUCAGUUUGAGAUUCACCCUUGGAUCCACAAUCCAUCGAAUGCGCUGACAAUCACGGACCUAUUGCGACCCGUGGCGAUCCCAGAUGUAGCACCAGCUGAGCUUCUGGGUCUUAACAAUGGCUCUGUUACUCCUCCAGACUUUUCUAUGUGUGCUGGCGAGUUUCUAGAGGCGUAUGCCAACGACAAAGAGUGUUGGGACUGCAUUGUGACGUGCUUUUUCAUUGACGCGGCACCAAAUGUGAUCGAGUACAUUGCAGCAUUCGAACGUCUUCUGAAGCCUGGUGGCUAUUGGAUCAAUUUGGGUCCACUUCUUUACCACUGGCAAAGCAGUAGCAGUGGCGAUGACGAGCGCUAUGAGCAGUCAGUCGAGCUCUCGUACGAGGAGAUUAAGCACGUGAUGAGCACGUACAACUUUCGCAUACAAAAGGAAUCACAGCGCGAAUGUCUGUACACGGACAAUGUCAAAAGUAUGAUGAGAACGGUCUUUAAUUGUGCCUUUUUCACCGCUGUGAAGGAGACUGGUCGUGUCUAA